AUGACGAUUCUCUCCGCUACGAAAACACCGUGCGAAUUGAAUGAGAUUUCCUAUUCCUGGGAGCUGACUGGAAAAAAAAGAAGCAGAAUUCAACUUUACAGUCGUUUUACUCCAGUUCCCGUUAUUCCUCUGGUGACAUUGAAACUACCGCCCCCCGAGGGAAAUCGUGCAAAUCGCAGUAGCGGUCAAUCGCGAAAGCGAGGGAAUUUAUUGUCAUGCUGUCACCGAUCAAUAGACGUCAAAAGUAGUCGAGACGUUGAAAGACCAUUCCAUCCAUCAGCGAAAAUGGAGCCGAAACUUCUACUUUUAAUUGUUCUCGCUGGGGCUGUGGAAGCUGGUGAGGAUAAAGAGCACGUUCAUUUUAAAAUCCACGUUCCCGAAAUAAUAAAGCAUCACAUGCACACCCAUACGAUUUUCAUUCAUGUCCAUCAUCCAUCGAAGAAGAAGAAGCCAUCCCAUCACGAGCACGAGGACUUCAAUGUGUACAACACCUACAGUCAGCAUACGGGAUACGGAGGGGUGUACGAAGCAGGAGUGGACAAUUAUGCCCAUAAAGAUCUUCAGCAAACUCACUAUCCAUCCCUCACGACGUACAGAGGACACCCCGAGACAACUAUUCCGUACUACGACGACUACACAAGUGACCCUGGAUAUGCCCGGAAUCCCGAUGCACCCGAGAGUGAUUACGAGGAUGGAAUCAAUGCCUAUGGAUAUCCCCCACUGUAUACUACGAGUCACUACCAAGUGAACGAGGCUGUAGACGAAAAUCCUGAGUCUUAUGAGAGGACGAGCUAUGAGAAGAGUCGCAAAUCUGGUGGGGAAGUCACUCAGGGUCAUCUUCAUGAGAAGAAAUCACAGAGUUUCUACAAGAAUAACAUCGAAGAGUCUUCAGAAAAAACGACGAAACAGGGGAGUGAACAGAAUUUCAAAAUUCCAGGGAUUGAUUACCUGAAGAAGCAUCUCGGUUGAGAACUAAAAUUCCCUUAAUUUUUUUGUAUA